UCUCUAUGUCACAUUGCACUAUUUACCUGGAAUGAAUAUGACGAUUCGUCUAUACACAGAAUAUCAGUCUAGAAUAGACUUUCGAUACAUCAAGCCUCAUCACAUUAGCAUUGUACGCAAUGAUUAUUUACUGCCGUGCAAACCGGUCGCUGGCAGCGAAAACUGGACCGGGGAGAAGCACCCAAAUCCAUCCAAUCAGAUGCGAUGACUUUCGAAGCAAAGCACGCACAAUUCCGACCAAUCAGUAAUUCCCGGAAUUGAAUCCGCUCAGUACCUUAUAGCCUGAGGCAUCAACACAACCUUUCACGGCCCCCCACCACCGUCCAAUCCAAGCUUGAUAUCACCAAUACCACACUACCAUCAAUCGAACAACAACACAAUGGAUAGCCUCAACUUCCCCACCCAAGACCGCGCCUUCUUGGAACCUCAUCUCCCACCCAAAGAUGGCAACCCAUCAUCAUCAUCUCUCCCCUUCACCACCCUCACCUUCGCCACAUCCCUCGACUCACAAUUAGCUCUUUCCCCGGGCACCCGGACCGUGCUGUCCGGCCCGCAAUCCAAAGCCAUGACGCACUAUCUACGCUCACGCCAUGACGCCAUUCUCAUCGGCGUAGGCACUGCCGUGGCUGACAACCCGGGCCUGAACUGUCGAUUGGCAGGGGUAGGCGGAUACGGCUCCGAAGGUUUGGCGGGCCAGCCCCGACCAAUUAUCAUCGACCCCUCAGCCAGAUGGGAGUUUACGGCGCAGUCGAAAAUCUUCGAGCUGGCGAGGAAUGGGCGGGGCAGGGCCCCGUUUAUCAUUACGGCUGCGGAGACGGUGCCUUCUGCAUCUCAGAGGGAGGUUUUGGAGAGUCAUGGGGGGAAGUUUAUUGCGCUGCCAGUGGGGGUCGGUUCGGAUGGUGCGCAUCGGAUCGAUUGGACUGCGUUGUUGGAGUGUCUUGUGCGUGAGGGGUUACGGAGCGUGAUGAUUGAGGGGGGUGGGUCUAUUAUUAACUCUUUGCUUGAGCCGGGGUGUCAGACGUUGGUGGAUUCAGUGAUUGUUACGAUUGCUCCAACUUGGCUGGGGCAGGGAGGUGUGGUGGUUUCGCCAAGGAGGAGGGUUGAGGGGGGUGUGGUUGUUCCAGCUUCGAGAUUGACCGGGGUGAAAUGGUAUCCGUUUGGGGAGGAUGUGGUGCUUUGUGGGAGGAUUAAGGGGUCUGAUUAGGGGGGUCUCGGUUCGCCAAAACGCACAUUCAUUCAAUCUGUAUAGAAAAGAUGGUUCCUGAGUCAUGAUGGUUUCCCAUCGACCAGAAUUCCCUGUUGCAGCAUAUUCACGGUAUCCAGUAUGUUGUCCAUGCAGUUCAAGAGAUACCGCCGAAUACGCAGUGCUUCAUUUCCGUAGAUCUGUUCCUCUAGCUUGAGACAUAGCCUCUUGUAAGCAUUCUUAUUCACUGAGAGGCCUCGUACCUCGAAAAAGUUGUUGACAAUCCUUAAGUACCAAAAGGUGUUGCUCACGCGAAC